AGGACCAACCAAACAAACAAACCAAUACCAUAACACAUUUUCCAUAACACUUAUAUUCAUUCAUACACAUACCAAAAAAAAUUUAAGCCAUUUUCAUACAUAAAAAAAAUGGCUUCUUUCUUUGGCUCACCACCAUUUCUAUCUCACCCUCUAACUCCUAAAACUCUCAACUUCUCAUCCUCUUCAUCCCAAACACCACCUCCCCCGACACCGCCACCGCCACCGCCACCGACACCACCAUCAUCAUCUAAGGCAUUAAGCAAUAAUUCUAGCCAACCAAUGGAACAAGUCCCAAUCAAAAAACAACAACAACAACAACAAAAGGGUUAUUCUUCAAAUUUAAAGGCUGAUUCCACAGAUUGGAUAGCUUCAAGUUUAACUAGGAGAUUUGGGCUUGGUGCUGGGCUUGCUUGGGCUGGAUUUUUAGCUUUUGGUGUUGUUUCUGAACAGAUAAAGACUCGUUUUGAAGUCUCUCAAGAACAAGCAAACACAAGAAAUGUGGAGGAGGAAGAAGAGGUGGUAUUGCCUAAUGGCAUAAGAUAUGUCGAGUUAAAACUAGGAGGUGGAGCUACUCCGAGGCCGGGAGAUUUGGUGGUGAUUGAUCUCCAAGGCAAAGUAGAAGGAAGUGGGGAAGUGUUUGUGGAUACAUUUGAGAAAGAUAAGAAGCCUUUGGCUUUAGUAUUGGGAUCAAGACCUUAUAGUAAAGGAGUUUGUGAAGGUAUAGAGUAUGUGAUUAGAUCAAUGAAGGGAGGAGGUAAGAGGAGAGUAAUAAUUCCUCCAAAUUUGGGUUUUAGAGAAAAUGGUGCUGAUUUAGGGACUGGUGUGCAAAUUCCUCCUUUGGCAACACUUGAAUACAUUGUUCAAGUUGAUAAAGUAUCAAUUGCACCAGCAUGAUUUUUAUUAAAUAAUGAGAAAAAAAAAAGUCAUUUAACUA